UGACACAGCCCGGGUCCUCCCGGAGGCGGCGGCAGCAGCAGCAGCAGCGGCAGCAGCAGCAGCAGCAGCGGCCGCGGCAGUAGCCACCACCUCCGCGGGCGCCGCAGCCCCCGGCUCAGCCUCCCCCCGGCCCCGCCGCCGCCGCAGUCAUGGCUGCUGACGGGGUGGACGAACGCUCGCCGCUGCUGUCAGCAUCCCACUCGGGGAAUGUCACUCCCACGGCCCCGCCGUACUUACAGGAAAGCAGCCCCAGAGCGGAACUCCCCCCUCCAUAUACAGCCAUCGCCAGUCCUGAUGCCACUGGUAUUCCAGUAAUUAACUGCCGCGUGUGCCAGUCUCUCAUCAACUUGGAUGGCAAGCUUCACCAGCAUGUGGUUAAGUGCACAGUUUGCAAUGAAGCUACGCCAAUCAAAAACCCCCCAACAGGGAAGAAAUAUGUUAGAUGCCCUUGUAAUUGUCUCCUCAUUUGUAAGGACACAUCUCGGCGAAUAGGAUGUCCGAGACCUAACUGUAGACGCAUAAUUAACCUUGGCCCAGUAAUGCUUAUUUCUGAAGAACAACCAGCUCAACCUGCAUUGCCAGUCCAACCAGAAGGUACAAGGGUCGUGUGUGGGCAUUGUGGAAACACAUUCCUGUGGAUGGAACUGAGGUUCAACACUCUGGCAAAAUGCCCACACUGCAAAAAAAUUUCUUCAGUGGGUAGUGCGCUCCCACGAAGACGCUGCUGUGCAUAUAUUACCAUUGGAAUGAUCUGUAUUUUCAUUGGAGUUGGAUUAACUGUUGGCACCCAAGACUUUGCAAGGCGAUUUCAUGCAACCUAUGUUUCUUGGGCAAUUGCUUAUCUCUUAGGUUUGAUCUGUCUUAUCCGAGCUUGUUACUGGGGAGCCAUAAGAGUGAGUUAUCCAGAACAUAGUUUUGCGUAAGCUCGCUUAUGAUUCAGUGAUGCAGGUGAGAGUAUCUAGCAGUUCUUGAUAAGCUACUCUGGACAUCUUUAAAUCAUGUAUCCUAAUGGAUCCCAUUCUGGUUUAUGUAUGAAGUUUCAUGACUUUGCGAGUAUUUUAUGAACAAAUGCUCAUUGCACUACAUUAUAUGCAAAUAGUUUGUUUUGCUGCUAGGGUUUCAAGCUCCGAAUAAUAAAACUGUGUCUUCAUGUUCUUUUACAUCUCUUAAAGGUAUUUUUGGAUUUGUCACCAAACAUUACAUAUAACAUCACCCUUUCGUUAUUUUUAAAUCAGUUAUUCCAUUACUUGCUGAUCUGUGAGUAUUCCCAAGGAGUAUUUAUAAAUAUUUCUACAAAAGCUUCACAUUUAUACUCACGUUUUAAUUAAAAAGUGUCAAAAUUGCUUGCUUUAAAAUCUAAGCAAUAUGCAUUUUGCUUGAACUGCUUACUGUAACUUUAACCUAAGAUCAUAGUGACCUUAUUCAGGAAGAACAAUUGAGUGUACCUUCAAAGACUUGACAUUCUUGUCAGAUAAAAACCAUUUCUAGAUACUGUAUGCUUGUUUUUUGUUGUUUGUAGAAAGAUACAAUAUUUUGGUAGUAACUUAAAAUACAAGAAUGAAAAUAUUUAUUUGUCCACAGUUGGAGAUAAUGUUGGAUAAAUGUUUUUUCUCAAAGAUCACAGGAGUUUUGUCUUUCAUUUUUGUCUGCUUUUUUAUUUACUAAUUAUAAAAGUUCUGGUCUAGAUUUAUGAAACUUAAUGUUAAUCAUCUGUAUGUAUUCCUUUAUAGAUGUUGGAGGAAGUAUUUCACAUAACAUGUUUUAUAAAACUAACCAUUUAAACAAAGAUAUAUUUACACUGGGUUGCCCUCCUUUUCAUUAGAUCAUAAUAAAUUUUUCCUCUUUGGGCUAAUUAUGGACUACUUAUAUGAGAAGAGAGCCUAUGACAUUUUACACUAGCUAAAAUGUGAAGAUUAGAGGUAGUUACUCUUAUCAUUCUUUUCAAAUAUAGCUGGUCAGAUAGUUACCCAAUUUAUUCCAGAAAGUAGAUCAAAGACAAAAAGCAACAUAGUUUUCUAAGAAUUCACUAGGAUUUAAGGAAUCAGCUCUCGCACUGCCUAUCUUUGCAGUUUUGAAAAAGAAAUUGCUUAAUUGAGAAGAAAUGUUCUAAAGCCUUUAAUGUAGUAGAAUUAAGAUGAUGAGAUGAUAUGAGUAAAUUAAUUGGCUAUUCAAGAGGUAAGAAUAAUAAAUUAAAGUAUUUAUGUUCCUGACUAGUAUGAAAAUGUACUCAUCAGAGAAUUUGGAGCAAAAUCCAUGUAAACUUAAAAGAGUAAAUGAUAAAUGUCUAAAUGCCGUAGCUCAGGAUUAUAUGUACCUUUGAAAAUACACUAAUAAAGAUUAUUGUUCAAA